UCUCGGCGGGGAUGCAGAGGCAGCUGCCGGGCUCCGUUCGGCCCGAGACUCGAUUCUGAUCCCGCGGACAACGCGCACAGUCCCGCUGAGGAUGCAGAGGCUCUGAUCGGUCACAAAUCCGUCUGACCCCGCUGCGCUUCUGGCGUGUUUCUCUUCCUCCUGUAGACAGAGGACACCGCAGCAUCCGUGUCCAUCUGUGAGUGUGUCUCUGUGUGUGUGUGUGUGAGUGCGUCUGUGUGUGUGCGCGUGCAUGCAUGUGUUCUGCACCGUACGGGCGGAAAAAGCGCCCACGAUCCGCAGGGAGCAUCUUCCCCGUCAGCCGCGGCGCGCAGGCGGAGCCGGAGCGCAGGGAGAGCGCGGAGGAGGCCGUGGACGGCAGCAGGAUGACUGUCCAGGAGUUCAACACCCUGGUGGCUCUGUACCGGGAGCAGGUCAUCUCCAUCGGGGAGAUUUCUGCCGACUGUCCGUCACUUCGCGCUCACAUGCAACUGACACGCUCCAAAGGAUGCUCCAUGGCCCGGGCAGCGCACCAGGACCUCACCGUCAUCUCUGGUUCAGGUCCAGAGGACGGAGAGAUCCAGCCUGAGAUCCUUCGGCUCUUCAUCCAGCUGCAGUGCUGCCUGGAGAUGUUCGUUACGGAGAUGCUGAAGUCCAUGUGCCUGCUGGGGGUGCUGCAGCUCCACAGAAAGAGAACCGAGUCGGAGCCGAAGUUGGACUUCAGGAUGGACGAGAGCUCGGACGUCCCGUUCCUGGAGGAGCGCUCGUCCUCGCCCAUAGACUUCCCUCAGGAGCAGUGGCUUGUGGGAAACGACAUCGAAAACAUAGAGAGAGACAUGCGAGAGAUGAGAAACCUACUCAGCAAACUCAGGGACACGAUGCCAUUGCCUCUGAAAAACCAAGACGACAGCAGCUUGUUGAACCUGACUCCACAGCCGCUGGUCCGACCGAGGAAGAGACGCUUCCCUGGACUCUGCUGCAUGGUGUCAGGCUGAGGGUCCCCCGGCCGCAGCACUCAUAUGAGUAGAUUCUCAUUUUGUCAACACAUGUCUUUACCUUUUCAUUUUUAUUCUGCGUUUAUUUACAAUCUGUUUUUCCAUUUGUUAUUUUAUUUCCUCCCAUUUAUCUUGAUAUUUACAGUUUUUCAUUGGAUCAUUAUUUAGUUCUUGAGCUCUGCAACUUGACUUCAAGUGUAUUUUAUUAGGGACAAAUCUCUAGUAAAUAUUUACAAAUAUGUCCCCCCCCACAAAACGCCAUAAAUCAUGUGACCCAAUUCCAUGGUCGUGUCCCUCAGAGGCUUCAUUAGACAACAACAACAAACAACAACAAAGGAUGGUUCGAUCCUUCUCAGGCCGACCUAUCACAGGAUCGGGUGAUGAAGCUAACGAGCUAUGUGGCUGGAAGUCGUUCUAAGAUACUUAACGAGGGACAAGCUGGAGACCUAAACAGGAAAUCCUCCGUGGACCAGACCGUCUCAUUUCGGCUCGGCCUUCUUCCGGCUACUCGGUUUACGGAGUCAGGACGUGGCCCCUGAACUGGGUCGCAGCUACUGUUGCAUUAGCUUUGUAAGCUAACGGAUGAGAUAACGCUAGCUCCCACUGUGUCACAGGCACAGCAGGGUUUCAGUUUCAGGCUCUUGUGGAACUUUUUUUUGUUGUUUCCAGGUCGUUUUCCUCCAAACUUCUCAGUUGUACGUUAUUUUCUAUAGCUAAAGAUGAGAAAUGUAAAUAUUCCGGCUAUGCACAGGCAUUUGUAGUUUUCAGGUGUCUCACUGUGUCACACCUUCGUGUCUGAAUGUUUUACCAUGUGAGCUGUUUUAGUCUGAACAACCUUCUGAUGUAUUUCCUUUGAGCGUUGUUCGGUAGAUGCUGCCUUCAGGUGAGUCUCUGCUGACCUGGGAGCAGUGAACGCCGUGUUCCUCUCCAGUAUUAUGGUGCCCACACAUAACCGGCACCUGUUAUUACAAAUAAUGUCACUGUAGAAAAGAGUACAUGUGUAAAAUAAUAAACAUAUAAUGGCAGAUAAGAAAAGAACUGUUUCAAAGCUUUGCCUAAACUUCAACUUUUAAAAGGUCGUCAGCAUCUUCGUUUCCUCGCCCCCCCGAUCGUGUCAGUGGUGCAUGAUGAUGUUGGUCAGUUGUUCAGUUGAGAACUUUAACGUCUCGUUCACACGACACGAUCUUCAGCCGGAUCUUUUUCACUCUACAACAAAUUUUGGAACUUUCCAACAAAAGCCCCAGAUCAAAGGCAAAUUAGAUUUGGCAUGCCCUUGUGUGAGAAUUAGGUUCAAUAGGUCAGCUGACACAGGGCAUGACAAGGCUAAAUAUAAUUCAUAAAUAACUAAAUGAUCUUGAGAAGUCUGUGACAACGGCAGCCAAUAAGAGCGCAGGACGGGCUGAUGACGGAAAAUACAGAUGUAUAAAACCAGAUGAGGAAAACUAAAAAGAUAAUAAUAUCAACUCAGCACAGCGAGUCGUGUCGUGUGAACUCUGCGUUAGUUACAACUGGAGUACUGACCAGAUGUGUUUGGGACAGAGUUAUGGUUUUCGUGUCCUCCAGAUGUUUUCUGUAGCAACGUGUCUAAAUUUCCCUUUGACCGACACUGUGGUCCAGGACAAGAAACCUUCUAAACUAUGAGAUCCCCUGUGUGUACUGUUUUCAUGAUCCCCAGAGGAUGAACACGAUCAUGUUACUCAUCAGCAGCAGCUAUAAACUUCUACUUUUACCCAGGAAAUAUCAAAAUCCAAUCAAAAUCCAACAGUAUUACGUAUAGAGAUCAGAGAUUUGAUGUUUGAACCAGCUCCCAAGAGGAUAAACCCUUUGGAUCUUUUUCUCUAUUGUCACAUUCAGGACAAAGUUAACUUUCCAAGCUGUAAUAUCCAGAAUUACUAAAGGAUCAUAACGGGGUUUGUUCAGUGGGUUGCAACAAUGAUCGCAGCCUCCAGGGGGCACUAGCGAGACUUUUCGGUGUCAUGUGCUGCACAUCGUUAGCCGCCUUCCCUGGAUUAAAACCAGAGGAUCUUUAUCGGGGGUAAUUAAACUGCAGCCAUUUCCCCCCUGAGUGUCGGUGCAGUGUUAUUUGUUAAUCUGUGUUUGUGGAGUUUUUCCUUUUGAAUUAACGUAGUUUAUUGAAGCGAUGUCCAAGCUGCUCAAAUCUUUGUUUCAGCAUGUUUAUGAGUCCGAGGCCAUUUGUAGUUAGUGUGUCCUGCAGUGUAA